AUGCAUAAUACCUUAACAAAAUUAUUUGUAAUUCUUGCCAUUAUUUAUGAGUUUAAGAAAUUUAAUAGCAUGUUGGUAUGAGAUAUUGUAAUUAAAAAUACUUCUAGGUAAAGAAUCAUAAAAUGUGGAACUCAAUUCCACUCCAUAUCAGUAGUGGGCGCUGAUGACAUAAAUACUAAACACUGGCAGCACUGUUGCAAAGCGAAGAAAACAUCUUAAGCGCAAUUUUCAACUGUAAAUGCACAAAUAGCGAAGUUGAGCAGCUUCUAAAUAUUUAUCUGCUGAAAAUGGAUGAGGACGAGGCACAAAAGCAGAGGCUCAAAGCAGCUGUGCAUUAUACUGUUGGCCUUCUCUGUCAAAACAUCGCUGCUGACUGCGAGAAACAAAUCACAAAACAGACAAUAGCAGCUAUUGCGGAAACUACAUUCAGACAGUGUGAUAUAUUUGCCAAGGACUUGGAAGCUUUCGCGAGGCACGCUAAAAGAAACACGGUUACAGUGGAUGAUGUGAAGCUCACGGCCAGGAGAACCACUGCACUGUACAACUACAUUCAGCGGAAAAGUGAAGACCUGGCUUUGAACAACCAAGAGCUUAAGGAGAAGAGGAAGAAGAACGCUGCCAAAAGGAAGAGUAAAGAUGGAAGCUGAGGAGGAAAAAGAGAUUUAAAACUGUUUAGGGAAGAUCUACAUGUUUUGAGUUAAAAAAAAUACAAACUACUUUGGUUUGGUGCAUGUAAGAACGAAUCCCAGUUGGAAAAAUACUUCAGAGAAAAAAAAAAUAAUUCACAUGGGUCACAUUAAAUACUAAACAAUUGUUUUUUUUUUACAAAAUUACUCAAACAAGCAUUCAGUUGUAUAUUUUAUUGUAAUAUAUGGAAAACAUUUUUUUUCUUUCUUUGGAAUAUGAAGCAGAAUAAAACAGUGCAGAUUUGUAA